AUGCUAAAGCUCAUACUACUAUUCAUCUAUCUCUUUAUAAUAACACCUGCUCAGGCAAAUGGAAGCACUAUAUCCCUACCGAUAGAGAAAUCAAAUCAGUUGGUAAAGCUACAAAAGCGAUCUGCAGCACACAGUCUGCAGUUAUACAACAACGAGGGAGCAGAGUAUUUAAUCAACAUUGGCAUUGGCACCCCCAUCCAAAACUUCACGGUUUCUUUAGACACGGGCAGCUCUGAUCUCUGGGUACCUAGCACCUCUUGCUCUGAACAAGAGUGCCCCUACGACAGAUUUGAUCCAUCAAAUUCGUCUACAUUCUCCGCCAUCAACGACACGCCUCCUUUCUAUAUCGCCUAUGGUAUCGGAUCAGUAAAUGGCACGUUUGCAAAAGACGAUGUUCGUUUAGGAGACGCACACAUCUCUCAGCAAAUAUUCGGAUUAGCCUCUUCUACUCAAGACCUUAUAUUGAUGUCGAGCUCCCCCUCCAAUGGAAUCCUUGGAUUAGGCUAUCCAGCAUUGACUACCGGAAAUGUAAAGUAUGAUCCAUUUCUCUUCAGAUUACACAAGGAGGGCCUGAUCCAAGAGCCAGUGUUUUCCAUCAGUAUGGGAUCAGUGCACGAUCAAGGCUGGACAGGUGAAUUGCUGCUGGGUGGUACAAAUCCGGAAAAAUAUGUGGGAGAAAUCGCGUAUGAGCCAGUUUGGGGAGAAAACACUUACUGGAUGGUUGGUGGAAAGUCGGUUCGGAUUGUCAAGGAGACCACGCAAAGUGAGGUCAUGCUCAACAGUACAUUUGCAUCUGUACGAGGUUUGAUUAUCGACACUGGUACCACCUUGACAUAUAUGGAUCAUGCCCUUGCAGAUGAGAUAGUACGCAUGGUGGCAGGGAACGUUGUACUUGAUCAAAUGUCAGGCGUAUACUUGAUUGAUUGUGGAAUUAGAGGCGAUGCAACCACUGACUAUUUUCUAGAAUUUACCAUGGAGAAAACAAGACUUGUGAUUCCUAUCAAUGACUUGAUUUUACCUCUUGUUGGGGGAGCUGGAGUAGGAGGACCUGAUGAGAAAGGCCUGUGCAUGUUUGGAAUUGCUCCGUGGAUGAAUACAGGCACAAGUCAAAAAAUGAAUGAAAAAGGUUGGAUAUUGAUUGGGGACUCGGUACUCAGAUCAACCUACUUGGUUUUUGACAUGAAGAAUCACCAAAUCGGAUUAGCUAAAACUUCCAUGCAUGCCACGAAAGAAGCAUUGUCCUCCCUCGAUAGUGGUACUCCAUCUCCGAACAUGUCUUUACAUAAACUGAAGAUCAUCUUUGGUGUAGCAUUCAUUGUAGCCACUCUAGGUCUCAAUAACUGA